AUGGGAAACAAACAUUUCAAUUCGAGAGGAAUCUCACGUGGUUCUCGAGACGUGUUACAGGAAGAGGAAGCAUCGGAGCCAAACCAACAAACCUCUUCAUUGAACACUAACAACAACAACAUCCCGACGGAAACUGUAAAUCGUCAAAACAAUCACAACAACAACUCUCAUCUCUCAAGCGGCAAUUCUACAAUUGUCACAUCACUGAACAAUUUUGAAAAUUAUGAAAUCUAUAUUCAAAAUAUUAUUUCACAACUGGAAUCGGAUGAUGCCUUGAUGAAAUAUGGCAUAUCAAAAGAAGAUGCAUGUAUAGCAAUCGAACAAACAAGAGGAAUGAUGGAGUUGCAUGGUAAAAAGUGGCUUCCAUUCAUUGACCAUCAAUUACUUCAGGUCGAUAUUACCGAUCUUCAACGACAAGAUUUGAUUGAAAACAUUUCAAAAUUCAAUUUGGAGAAAAUUCUCAUCAGUGUCUUGAUGGAAAUUCGAGCAAUGGUCAAAAUGUCAGAAAUUCGAGAACGAAAUAAUUUACUCAACAUUUCAACUCCUGAAGUUUGUUUUCUAGUGUUUUAUACAUUUAAAUUUGCUCUCGAAAGAAGUGUAGAUGAAGUGUUUUUAGAAUUGAUUUCAAAAAUUCGAGAAUUGGGUGUGGAUGGUGUGAAAUUUAAUGAAUUUCUCGUUCAUGGCACGUUGGACUUUUCCGAACAUCCAAACAACCUUCAUCCUUCCAUCCAAAAUCAUCCUACCAAUGAUGAAGACACACACUCAUUAUGGACCUACUCUCAAAUGCCAUCUAAUCAUGAUGACAUGCAUGACACGACGAAUUCUCAUUCGAUUCACAAAAAUAAUGAAGAAUCAACAACUAUUCUCAUGAACCUAGAUGCUAUUGAAAACAACAACAACACUUCCAUGGAAUAUGGAGCAAUAAUGAAUGAUCAUUCCCAUUUGGAACCAACUUCAUAUCUGGAUGAGCAUUUACUGAAUGCAUUGAGGGAACUCAUCAUGCCCCGAACUCCACAACGAGUUUCUGGAGAAUUUUCAUACAUGAUGACGGAGGAAGAAUUACAACAACAAUUGGUCCUCAUGAUGGCACCUCAGGAUUAUACAGCAGCAGCAUCAAAGCAACCCGCUGAAUUAAUCCAACAUGAGGAGAAUUCCUACUCGACUCGACCAACCACAACUACUACAACCACAACUACCACAUCAACAAUCACCAACCAUGUUGCAACUCAAGUGGAUGCACACAACCAUUCAUCAACAACAAGGACCGAGACCAUGAAAAGCACCACCGAAGAAGAAGAGCCUCAAAAUCUCGCCACGACUACUUUGAGUACGACUAUUGUCGUAUCGAAUUCCACCUUAUUAUUGAACCAUCCAAAGGAAUCACUCUCGACUCUUCCGUCGGAUCCCAUCUUGGAGGUGGUUGAGAAAAUUCUCGGUCCACAACAACAGCAACAACAACAAGAACCACACGAACAUGAUGAUGAUCUCUACAAGGAAUAUCUCCGAAAAGCAUAUAGUUUGUUUGGAUGGAUGGAGAAAUUAAGCCAUGAUGAAAUGGAGACCAUUCUUCCCAUCAUUCAUUCGUAUGUGUCCAUGCCAACCAAACUCUCCAUUUCCAACUCUCAAAUUGAAUCUUCUUCUUCGUCCCCAAUGGCCCAAUUAUUAUUGGAAUCGAGAAAAGAUUUUCUCCAAUUACGAAACAAGGUUCUCAAACGAUGGCAAUCGAAUAUGAACUAUUUCAAAUUGAGAGGAAAAGAAAAGGAAGCUCGCCGAUGUAAGAAAUUAAUGGAAAACAAUAAUUUCAUUAACUUUGAAACGUGCAAUCAUUACUUUCCACAUCGCUUCAAAUUUCAUCGAUUGUUCACAAGCAUGACACGAAAAGCUCAACACAACAACCAUGUAUUGAAGAUGAAAAUUCUGGUCACAAAAAUCUCCGAAAACGAUACUACAGAUGCUACAUUUCGAAGAAUUUCAUCAAUUUUCUAUAGCAGCAAGUUUGGACAUUAUCACUUAUCACUCGUCAUUGGAAGCACGAAAAUUGAAUGGUGUGACGGAAGUCUAGUGGUUGCAACGCACAUGAAUAAUCUCCUUUCAGACAAGAUUGUAUUUCAAUAUACGUGUUACAAAACAAGUGAUGCCAAAGAAAUCAACAGAAUUAUUGAUAUUGUGGCUGACUUGUCCACCAAAUGGAAUAGAGAAAAAACCUAUUCCAUGUUCUUUUGCUCGUGUCAACAUUUUAUAGUGGAGCUGCUUAAGGCAUGUGGAAUUAAUUAUCAACAAGAGAAUAGCAUACAAGAACAAUUGAAACGAUUACGACUCUAUGAUCGAAGAAUUAUCUUUAGAAGGAGUUUCGAUGCCAUUCCAAAAACAGAUGUUGACAAAUAUUUUCAUGAUUAUUUGACACAACUUUUUCAGAGUUCAAAAACAGAUCUUUCCUAUGAUAGUGUACCUUUGGGAUCAAAAGACAGCAUUGGAGAGUCUCUACAGAGAAUUGUGAACUUUUUCACAUCAACAACCAAAACAACGAUUGAACUGUUCAAUCGAUUAGAACUCGAUUGUUUGUAUUAUAUGCUAACAUGCAGUGGAAAGAAGUCAAAUUCUGAUCACAAAUUAUUAGAGGCUUUUGAUAGGACCUUUCUCAUUGCCAACAAGACAGAAUAUAUUUAUAUAUCAUCCAUGUUUAAAAAACAUUUUGAAAGACACAUGAAAGAAAGUCAACAAUCCAUCGAUGAAAAAUGUGUAAAACAAAUUUUGAAACAUUCAAGAAUUGAACAGAAAUAUUUUGAGCUGAUUUAUGAGUUUAUGAAAGAGUCCAAGUAUGAAAAGGAGAGUCGAGAAGAGUUUGCAUUCAUUUGUCAGCAAAUGAAACGAUUUUGGCUUGUGUCAAAAAUCUCAAGUUCUGCUUUCCAAAUGUCUUAUCAAGAGACACAGACUUCAGUUGAAAAUUUGCAAUGGAAUUGUCCAGAGUUGAGUGAUCUAUCUAACCUAAAAGAGUGUAAGGAAAUUCAAAAAAAAAAUUUUACAACGAUGUGGGACAGACCAAGAGAAUCCGGAGUUCAUCCAGACCCCAAGAUUGAAGCUUUUGCUAAUUAUCGUGAUAACUUGCACAGAAAUUUCAAGUUUACACCAAAGAAUACAUUUUAUUGCAUCUUUUUCGUGGGCGUUCUUCCAUACUGGUUCUUGACUAAACUCAAACAAGAUGCUAUGAAUAGACAAGCAAAGAACGGAAGCAAUUUCCCAAUAAUGAACACGACUUUUAAUGGAGAAAAAGAUGGAACUAAAAUCCGUGAAGCCUACAAGAAGCUCCACUAA